AUGACUUCGCCAUUUGUUUUGGUGAAGAUUCUAAAACUUUAUCAAAAGGAAUAUUAUGAUGAAUAUGUUUUACCUUUAUUACGUAAGCCAAAAAUAACAUUUGAUAUCAAACUUGAUGACUCGUUUUUGAUAACAGAUAUUAGACGCAAGGCUGAAAAUCAUCAGUAUAAAAACAGUUCUGAAGUAAUUGAGGAUUUAUCACGUGUAAUCCGUUUUGUAGAUUGUGGAAACAAAUAUUUCAUUCAGAAAGAUUACAACAUACACGACAAAAUGAAUCAAAUAUCAUUCGUUCUUCAGUCAAACAUGAAAGAGUCACUCAAAAUGAUUAAAUUAUUUAAAGAAGAAGGUAAAACAAUAACAGCAUGGGAUGUACUACUAAAUCAAUUGUCUUCAUUAACCGUUAAGGGUGUUUGCUUUAAAUCUGAUUCCCCAGAUGUUUUCUCAACGUUUCAAGGUUAUAAAUACAACAUUCUCGAAAAGCCUGAUUACUCAAAAAUUGAGAUGUUUAUGGAUUUCAUUAAAGAAGUCAUUUGUGAUAAUAACGAUGAAGUGUAUAAAUACCUUCUCGGCUGGAUUGCAUCAAUGAUUCAACAUCCUGGAAUCAAGAAUGAAACAGCAAUUAUUUUGAAAGGACUUCAGGGAACAGGUAAAAACAGAUUCACAGACAUUAUUUCUGAACUCCUCGCCGGUUAUUCAUGUAAAAACAUUACUGAAAUAAGUGAGCUAACGGGUAAUUUCAACUCAGUAGUUGAGAAUAAAAUGUUUCUUGUACUUAAUGAACUCAAGAAUGUAGGUGAAGAUAGACUCGCAAACUUCAACGCUUUGAAAUCAAUUAUUACGGAUAAUGAGAUUAGAAUUAAUGAAAAGAAUCAACCCAGAAGAACUGCUCAGAACGUUGCAAACUUUAUUUUCGUAACUAAUAACGUCUACCCUGUCAAAAUUGAAGUUGGAGACAGAAGAUACGUAGUUUUAAGGGUUAAUGGUAAAUUUAAGGGUCAAUUUGAUUACUUCAAGAAUUUAAUGGAUUCAUGCACAAAGGAAUUUUAUGAUAAUUUACUAACAUAUUUUAUGCAAUAUGACCUUUCAUCAUUUAAUGUACGAAUCAUACCGAUGACUGAAGCCAAACAAGAUUUAAUCGAGUUAUCAACAAAUCCUUUAGAUGAAUGGAUAAAUACACAUUAUGAUGAAUUAUGUGCAGGUAUGACGUGUAAAAAUGCUCUAUUCUGCAAACCAUCAGACAUGAAAGACAAAAACUUUCAAAUGAGCAUUAAGGAUAAAUGUGAAAGGAAACAAAGAAAAAUAGAUGGUAAACAAACAUGGUAUUAUGUUUUGAAAGAAGAAAUGAAAGGAUUAUAUAAACAAAUUGAACCAAACGAUAAUGAGGAAUCAUUUACUGACGAUGAAAUACCUGUAAAUGAGGCAGUAUAA